AUGGCAGAUGAUCAACCAUGGAUGAUACUUCAAGAUAAGGUUGAUGUCUUUGAUAAAUUAUCAGCUUUUAUUUACUGUGAUCGACGACAACAUUUAUUUGUAUACAAUUAUCCAGCUAAUAGAAAUACAAGUAUUUCUUCAUCUAGUUCAACGACGAGUGUUCCUGAUUCUUUAAAUACAUGUAAUGUACGUUCAACAUAUGCUGCUGAUGCACAAAUAGUUAUUUAUCUUGAACGUAUUCAAUAUAUACAAAGAGGUGGUAGUGGUACUAGUCGUCGUUCAGCUCGCGAUUACAAUCAACUUCCAAUAAAUCAUCAACAUAAUCAAAAUGAUCAUUAUGACCCUCAAAACAAACAAUUAGAAAUCUAUUACUCUACAGAUCGACCUCGUUCAGAAUAUCUUUAUAAAAGAAUCAGUUUUCAAUUGAGGAAACUUGAUGAUGAAUAUGAUAAAUGGGUUAAUGCUCUUUAUGCAGUUAUUGAUGAAGCAAAAAAUUUACCUGAAGCAUCAAAAAGAAAUCGUUGGCUUUUACGAGAAUAUGAAAAAUUAAAAAGAUCAUCUGGAGGUUUAACAUUCGAUUCAAUAAAUAGUUGGCUUAGUCGUCAUAUUGGUAUUGUUGGUGAAAAACAAAUUGUUGAAAAACUGAUCAAACAAAAUGAAAUAUUUCGCCAAUCAAAUCAAAUAACUGAUUCAGUAUUUAAAGCAACAUAUAAUUAUUUUAUUGAUAAACAACAAGAAAUUCUUAUUAAAAUUGUUAUGCCUGAUUUACUAGAAGAAAACCAAAUUUCACUUGAGACAUUUGCCUCGCAUGUUACUUAUAAUGUAAUUGAUUUAGUACAUCAUGAAUCAGAUAAAAUACGACAAUAUCUAAGAUUAAAUAAAAGUCAAACAGAAAUAACUCUUAAACAAUGUACUGAUUAUUUAUGGUCAGAAGCCAAUUCAGCAUUUGAUCCGAUAUCUCGUACACAGCAUAAUGAAGAUAUGAAUCAGCCAUUAAAUCAUUAUUGGAUAUCAUCAAGUCACAAUACUUAUUUAGCUAAAACUCAAAUAUUUAAUCCAGCUUCUGUUCAUUGUUAUAUUCAAGCUUUAUUAAAAGGAUGUCGAUGUAUUGAAAUUGAUGUUUUCGAUGGUCGGACUGGUAACGAACCGGAAGUGACACAUAAAAAUACUCGUAUUAAAUCAAUACUAUUACGUGAUGUUCUUGAAGCUAUUCACGAUUAUGCUUUUGUUACUAGCGAAUAUCCAGUAAUAAUUUCACUUGAAAAUCAUUGUUCACCAGCACAAUGUUAUGCUAUGGCAGAAAUGUUUAUAGAAAUAUUUGAUGAAACUCUUAUUCAGUCACCUUUAUCAUCAAAUGAAACUUGUUAUCCUUCUCCUAAUCAGUUAAAAAGAAAAAUUAUUUUAAAGGAUUCAAAAAUUGAUAAUAUAACAACAAUGGAGCCACAACCAAGUGUAGAAUCAGACGGACAAUUGGAUUUUUCAACAAAUGAUCUUGAUGGUCAUAUCCAAUUAUAUGAUUUUGCAAAAAAAGCAUGGUUUUAUUAUAAUUAUUCAUUUAAAGAUAAAGAUUUAUAUUUGGGUAAAGAUCAAGACAUACAUAAACAACGAAAUUCAGAUGAAGACACUAGUGAUGAUGAAAGUAAAGAUUUACCAGACGAUGAGUUAACACAAAUUUGGUAUCAUAGAAUAAUUCCACAUCAAGAUGCAGAAGAUCUUCUUUUAUCAAAUGCUGGUUAUGAACCUGGAACUUUUUUAGUACGAAAAAGUCCUAAUAGAAAUUGUUAUUGUAUUACAUUUCUUGCAUCAAAUUCUAUGGUUAAAAGUCUUCAAAUCGAUGAAGAAAGAACUAAGGAUGGAAAAACUCUUUAUUCAGUAUCACAAGAAAAAUUUGAAUCAAUACCAGAUCUUGUUGCUCAUUAUCAGACAUAUGAUUUUGUUGAAAUUGUUAAAGGAACAACAGAAACGGCUCCACAUCGAUUAGGAAAACCAUUACCACGACCAAAAUUGCGUCAAGAACUCAAACGACAACCAUGGUAUCAACCAAAUUUAACGCGACACCAAGCUGAAGAAUUGUUAUUAGGUAUUGCUGAAGAAAUGACGUUUCUUAUACGAGAUUCAACAAAUCGUCCUCAUCAAGUUCAUACAAUAUCUAUGUAUACAAAUGGUGUAAUACGUCAUACGCCUAUAUAUCUUGAUGGUUCAGAUUUAAUGUUAAUGUCAUCAACAUUUACAAAUCUGAUUGAACUUGUUCAAUAUUUUUCUCGUAAACCAAUUUUUCGAAAAUUAUGUUUACAAAAACCUGCAAAAUCUUAUGCAGAUUUUAUUAAUGAACAACAGCGACUUGCAGCACAAGGAAUAAAUCCAAAUAUAAUAAUUUUUAAAACAUUAGAAGAUGCAAUUCAAUUAAAACUUGAUACACUUCGAAUACUUCAAGUUGAUCAAAAACCUAAUGAUCAAUCUGUUCAAAUUCAAUAUUAUAUUUAUGACGAAAAUAGAAAAAGAAAUGAAGGCUAUUUAUUCAAAUUCGAUACAGUCAAAGAUUGCAAGAUGUUUUCAGAUAUACUUUGUCCUGGAUCAUCACAAUUAUUACCAAUAAACGUACCACAGGAUGAAACCAUAAAUAGUAUGCCUAGUCUUUCUACAGCCUUUAAAAAACAUACAAUUGCUCCAAUAUCACAUCGUCAAUCACAAAUCUAUAUAGGAGAAUUAAAUAAAUUAAUUGUUUAUUGUCAAUGUGUUAAAAUGAAAGAAUAUAAUAUCAAUAAAGCACAAGAUCUUGAAAAAAUACGAUCAUUCAGAGAAAUGGUUUCAAUUAAUAAUACCAAAGCAGCUGCAUUUUGUUCGGAUGUUCGAGCGAUGUUAUCAUUUAAUCGAGGUCAUUUUACUCGUAUUUAUCCUGAUUUUUCAAGAAGAACAUGGAGUUCAUCUAAUUUUGAACCUAUUUCAUAUUGGUCUGCUGGUUGCCAAUUGGUAGCACUCAAUUUCCAAAUGCCUGAUCGUCCAAUGCAUAUUAAUGCUGGUCGUUUUGCAGCUAAUGGCGGUUGUGGUUAUGUUCUGAUGCCAAAUAAUAUACGUUCAUUUUGUGAUAAGACAUCACAAAUAGAUAGAAAAGAAGUUUCAUUAAAAAUUCGUGUUCUAGCUGUUCGAAAUUUACGUACAAAUCAAUCAAAAAGUAUUUCAAAAGUACAAAUUAAAGCAACAAUUGUUGGCAGACAAAAACUUCCUGGAAAUCAAACUUGUUCAACAAUAAUUCAUCGUCCAUGUGGUGGUAUUUGGGAUUCAAGACAAUCAUCAAAAAAUUCUGAUCAACUUCAUACAUAUUAUCGUCUUAAAUCAGAUGAUGGUGAUGUUGAUUUUUUAUAUUUUGAUGUAUUGACUGAUAAUGAGGAAUUUUGUGGACAAUCAGCUAUUCCAUUAUCAUCAUUAAGAUCAGGCAUUCGAUCUGUACAAUUAUAUGAUAAAUUUAAUGAAUAUUUAGAUAUGAGUACUCUUCUUGUUGAUUUGAUUUUUAAAGCUACAUAA